UAUCAAGAUGAUUAUGAUGAGAAAUUUCAUCGCUGCUCUCCUGCUAGUCACCUUAGUGAAUCUCUCCUUGUUCUCUCAUUUGAGUUCAACCAAACUAUUAUGCCAACAUUUGCCCUAAUGUGGAGAACAUAGUCCGUGGCGCGGUUACGCAGAAGUUCCAGGAGACCUUUAAUGCCGUUGGUGGCACCAUCCGUCUCUUCUUCCAUGACUGCUUCGUUGAGUACACGCAUGAAAUAUUUGACAGGGAUGUGAUGGUUCUGUACUAAUCUCAUUAACACCGACCAACACGGCCGAGAGGGACUACCCAGAUAACCAAUCCUUGAAUGAAGACGGAUUUGACACUGUGGAUCGAGCUAAGGUGGCAGUAGAUGCAGAUCCCCAGUGCGCGAAUAAGGUAUCCUGCGCUGAUAUCCUCGCACUGGCCACAAGGGAUCUCAUAACACUGGCUGGUGGGCCAUCUUAUACCGUUGAAUUGGGCCGAUUUGAUGGGCUGAGCUCGACGGCAAAUAGUGUUGCUGGGAGGUUACCGCCGCCAACUUUCGACUUGGACCAACUCACCAACUUGUUUCAGCUCAACGGACUCUCCCGCACCGAUAUGAUUGCUCUCUGCGCGGCCCACACUGUGGGCCUGGGCCAUUGCAACAAGUUUGCGAACCGCAUAAACGGGCCCGGAAACUCGGUGGACCCUACUCUGAACAAGAACUAUGCGGCCCAACUGAUGUCGACAUGCCUCGCGAAUGCGAACUCGGCGGUGUUCUUGGAUCCGGUCACCCCCGGCGCCUUCGACAACCAGUACUACAAGAACCUGCAACAAGGAUUGGGCCUCUUCUCGUCCGACGAGGUCCUAUACACCGACACUCGUUCGCGGCCCUUAGUGGACCUGUGGGCCCAAAGUUCCCCGGCGUUUGAGCAGGCCUUUGUUGAGGCCAUCACGAAAAUGGGCCGGAUCGGAGUCAAGACCGGGUCGUCGGGUAAUAUCCGACAAGAUUGCCGGGCUUGUAAUUGAAUUAUUUGUUAAAUUUAAAUUAUGAGGUUUUCGAACAGGAGUGUGGAAAUUCCCUAUGUAUGAUUGUUCCAGGAGUGUAAAAUAAUAAGAAACAUUUAUUUACUUGUAACUUUUGCAUCUGAAAUAAUAAAUAUAAUAAUAAU